CGUCCUUGGGAAAGAUGGCCGCCUCCACCGGGCCAACGCUGCCUCUGUAACCAGCUGGUUGAAUAAUUGUCCUUUUAUGUCCUGUCUGCGUCUCAGAGUGUUGGAACAGCUGUGGCAGAGAUGAAGACAUUCUGCGGAAGAGCCAACCCGAGCACCGGAGCUUUAGACUGGGUGGAGGAGAGUGAGGAGUACGACUACCACCAGGAGAUAGCUAGGUCCUGUUAUGCAGAUAUGCUGCAUGACCAUGACAGGAAUACGAAGUACUACCUGGGCAUCCGGGCGGCGGUAGCCAGAGUGAAGGCCCGCGGUGAGAAGGUCAUCAUCCUGGACAUCGGGACAGGGACAGGCCUGCUGUCCAUGAUGGCUGUCACUGCUGGGGCGGACUUCUGCUACGCAGUGGAGGUCUUUAAGCCCAUGGCUGAGGCAGCUCAGAGCAUUGUGGAGAAGAACGGCUUCUCUGAAAAGAUCAAGAUUAUUAACAAACACUCCACUGAUGUCACUGUGGGGCCAGAUGGAGAUAUGCAAAUGAAGGCCAACGUUCUGAUCACAGAGCUGUUUGAUACAGAACUGAUAGGCGAAGGAGCCCUUCCCAGCUAUGAACACGCUCACCAAAAUCUUGUCCAGGAGGGUUGUGAGGCGGUCCCCCACCGGGCCACCGUCUACGCCCGGCUGGUGGACUCGGAGCUGCUGUGGAGCUGGGCUCAGCUGCAGCCUGCGGAGGUGGAGGGGGCGUGCCUGGCCCCACCCCCCGCCGUGGCCCACUGUGCUGGAGCUCAUGCUGUGUGUGACAUUCAGCUGAGCCAGGUGUCCCCCCACAGCUUCACCCCGCUCGGCCCUCUCUGCACCAUGUUCAGUGUGGACUUCAGUAAGCCAGUAAGCAGCGCGUUCCAGUCCCACUCCUCCCAGUUUGUGGCUCAGUCCAGUGGUCGGGCCCAGGUAGUCCUGUCUUGGUGGGACCUCGACAUGGAUCCCAGUGGAAGCAUUGUGUGCACCAUGGCUCCCAGCUGGACGUACCCGCAGCCAGAGAUGGCUCCGUGGCGGGACCACUGGAUGCAGAGUGUGUACUUCCUGCCUGUGGAGAGCAGAGUGACAGAGGGUGACCAGCUGAGUCUGACUGUCUGCCAUGAUGACUACAGUCUGUGGUACAGCCUGCAGUCGAUCAGCCAGCAGGACUUACCGACCGAGGCUCCUCCCUCUCGGCCCUGUUGCACCUGCCAGGCUCAUCUGGUUUGGACUCGCCCGCGUUUUGGCGAACUCAACGACAGACGGCGUACAGAGAGCUACGUCAGUGCACUGCGCAGUGUCCUGAGGGAGGACAGUGUGUGUCUGGGCGUCAGUGAUGGAAGUCUGCUGCCUGUGUUUGCUCACAUGAUCGGAGCCAAGAAGGUCUACAGUUUGGAAAACUCCAGGAUGUCUAAACAGGUUAUUGAACAGGUGUUGGAAGCCAACUCGAUGAGGGGGGGCGUCGAGCUGCUGGAGAUCCGGCCUAAGCAGCUGAGCAGUACUGAUCUGGGAGGGGAACAGAUCUCGGUCCUGAUGGGCGAGCCGUACUUCAGCACCAGCCUCCUGCCCUGGCACUCGCUCUUCUUCUGGUACUGUCGGACGGCCCUGGCGGGCCUCCUCCAGCCCCGCGCCACCAUCCUGCCCCGCUCCGCCACACUGCACGUGGUGGCCGUAGAGUUCCAGGAUCUGUGGAGGAUAAGAGCUCCAUGUGGAACAUGCGAGGGCUUCGAUGUCACGCCCAUGGAUGAAAUGGUCCAGCGAUCCCUGGAUUUCCGUGAGUCCCGUGAGGCGGAGCCCCACCCUCUCUGGGAGUACCCGUGCCGUGCUAUGACCCAAUCCACAGCCGUCAUGACCUUUGACUUCACACAGUGUGUCCCUCAACAGCCAAUCAGCAGCCAGGGCUCACUGCCUUUCAUAAGGAUUGGUCGUUGCCAUGGCGUUGCGUUGUGGAUGGAAUAUCACCUAACCGAUGACAUCACUGUCAGCGCGGGUCUGAUUGGACCAAUCAGUGAGCAGGGUGUGUGUGCGUGGAGUCGACACAGGAAACAGGGAGUGUACUUUCUCAGGUCGCCAUGCGAGAGCUCAGGCGAUGGCAGAGCCGCAGUGUCUUACAGCCUCACCUUUGAACCCAGUUUAGGAGACAUUAAGAUGGACUUCAGCAUCGAGUCUCAGCAGUGAUGUGGAGACUGAAGGACAGACUCU